AUGUCAUCUGCCAAAAGGCCACUGUGGCUCAACUGGGAAAACCCUGACAUCAUGUCCGAGCUCCUCUUCCAGAACAAUGAGAUCAUAUUCAAAACGGAGAUGGUGAGUCCGAGUCAGGUUUCAUAUUCAUUCUGCGUUCUAAACAAGCGCUUUGCCUUGUAAUGUUGUACUGGAUCAGUUGGAUUAAAUGGAUGGAAUGUAUUUAAAUUCUGCCAUGGCACACUGAAUAUGGUUUCAGACUUGCGACAGGACAUGCUAACACUUCAGAUCAUCAGAAUCAUGGAGAACAUUUGGCAGAACCAGGGUCUAGACCUGAGGAUGUUGCCGUACGGCUACAUGUCUCUAGGUGACUGUGUGGGGCUGAUCGAGGUGGUGCGGAGCUCUCACACCAUCAUGCAGAUCCAGUGUAAAGGUGGCCUGAAGGGGGCACUACAGUUCAACAGCUCAACACUACACCAGUGGCUCAAAGACAAGAACAAGGGAGAGAUGUUAAGAAACUAUAUGUUGUUUGGGCACUUUCCUUCACAAUUGCGUUGGUUUGAAAAUUGUAAAUCGUAGUGUGUCACGGCUCAGAUUUGACGUUGUAACUCUGUAUGUAGGUAUGACCUGGCCGUUGACUUGUUUACACGAUCCUGUGCUGGGUAUUGUGUGGCGACCUUCAUCCUAGGCAUCAGUGACAGACACAACAGUAACAUAAUGGUGAAGGAUGAUGGGCAGGUAGGACCUGAGUUCUCAACAAGCUAUUGUCAUGAUUUUAAUUUAUUUUUAUCCUGUGCUAAUCUGGGAUGUAUUGCAGCUGUUCCACAUAGAUUUUGGCCAUUUCCUGGACCACAAAAAAAAUAAUGUGGCUACAAGCGAGAGCGAGUUCCGUUCAUCCUAACACAAGACUUCUUGAUUGUGAUCAAGAGAGUUUGAGAGGUAGCCAUCUUUGUUUUCUCUUUCUUGUGUGAGAGGACGCAUCUGUGGAUGUCUGUCUAGUGCUUGAAUGUAAAUGUUGUGGCAGACAGCUAGUGUCUACACAGUAGGCAGCUAUUAUAUAACAGUGGCCUGUGUGCUCUGUCUCCCUGUGCUCUGUCUCCCUGGGUGUCUGAUAGGCUACUGCCUGCCAAGUUUCCAGACUCUCUCCCAUACUACUGCUUUAACAAAUGGACUGAUAUCAGUAUCUACUGCUAAAUCAACCAUUUUCAACAGAGACUAUAUAUUUCAAUGGCCAAAUCUAUGCUUGGGAAGGAUUCUUUUGAGGCUAGAGAAUUCAGAGGGAACAAGGGGAGUGGUAUAUACUGAUUCUUCUGCAUUUUCCCUCCUAUUCUGUUUCUCAGGUUCCAGGAGAUGAGCUAUAAGGCCUACUUGGCCAUUCGGCAGAAUGCCAACCUCUUCAUCAACCUGUUCUCCAUGAUGCUGGGCUCCGGGAUGCCUGAGCUGCAGUCCUUUGAUGACAUUGCCUACAUCCGUAAGACCCUGGCACUGGACAAGACAGAGCAGGAGGCCCUGGACUGCUUCAUGAAGCAGAUGAACGACGCCCACCACGGCAGCUGGACCACCAAGAUGGACUGGAUCUUCCACACCAUGCGCCAGCACGCACUCAACUGA